AAAACCGAUCAACACAUCCACUGUUUCCGCCAAGAUGAACCUACUCCAAUGCUUUGUGCUUUUCUUCCUGGGCCUGGUCCUCAGCGGUGUGGAUGCACAACAGGUGGUCCGUUACGAAACCGACAGGGACAGGGCCUGCGGUGAAGGGCGCUACUACAACUACGCCCGCAACAGUUGCUGGCCCGCGCCAGGAUCCUUAGUCAACGGCUAGGCACAAAGAGAUGCAGAAUGGCGUAAAAAUAUUAUUUACCGAGAGAAGCUAGAAUGGCCAAAUAAAUUGCAGUAAAGCAAUAA